UUGAAGAUAAUGCACAUUACUUAAAAUGUAUUCGUUACUUAAUAAAACAGAAAAUGCUCAUGAAGAUAGCAUUUGGACCUGUGCUUGGGGCUGUUUUAAGAAGAAAAAGGAAUCACAGCCAUAUAAUGAAGAUUCGCGUGAUUCUGUGCAAUCUAAUGAUGAAGAAAUAUUAGAAUACUUAGUAACUGGGUCAGUUGAUGAUACUGUUAAAGUUUGGCAACAAAAAGAUAAAAGUUUACAAUUAAAACAUCAACUAACUGGUCAUUCACUUGGUGUUGUGUCUGUUGCUGUAAGUUCAGAUGGCUCAAAAUGUGCAUCAAGUUCAUUAGAUUCUAGUUUAAAACUAUGGGAUUUGGAAACUGGAGAAAAAUUAUCCAGCAUCGAAGUAGGUCCAGUGGAUAUUUGGACAGUAGUAUUUUCCCCAGAUGAUAAAUUCAUUGUGUCUGGUAGUCAUUCUGGUAAAAUAUAUUUGUAUGGAACAGAAAGUGGUAAACAGGAACAAACAUUAGAUACUAGAGGUGGCAAAUUUACAUUAAAUGUUGCAUAUAGUCCUGAUGGUAAAUAUAUUGCUAGUGGUGCAAUAGAUGGAAUUAUCAAUAUUUUUGAUGUUACUUAUGGAAAAGUGUUACGUACAUUGGAAGGUCAUGCAAUGCCUAUCAGGUCCCUUUGUUUCUCACCAGAUUCUCAAUUACUUCUUACUGCAUCAGAUGAUGGGCAUAUGAAAUUAUAUGAUGUGAAAGAUGCUAAUUUAGCAGGAACUAUGUCAGGUCAUGCUUCAUGGGUACUUGGUGUUGCUUUUUCUCCAGAUGGACAACAAUUUGUAUCUAGUAGUUCAGAUCAUACAGUUAAAGUCUGGGAAUUAGCACAACGACAAUGUUUACAUACAUUUAAUGAACAUAAUGACCAGGUAUGGGCUGUAAAAUACAAUCCACAAAGAAAUAACAUAAUUGCAUCAGUAUCUGAUGAUAAAUCUAUCAAUCUUUAUGAAUGUCCACUGUAUGAUAAAUAA